AUGAAGUCACUCAGUGAAGCAAACACCCAGUUUGCUUUAGGUAUGUUCCGACAGUUUGGAAAAUCAAAGGAGGACAACAUCUUCUAUUCCCCUUUGAGCAUCACAUCAGCAUUUUCGAUGCUUCUAUUAGGGUGCAGAGAAAACACUGCACUACAAAUUGAGAAGGUCCUUCACUUUAAUCAAGUCACAGAAAACAAAAAACAAAGAACUACCGCAUAUCAUGAUGAAAAGCCAGGAAAUGUGCAUCACCAAUCAAAAUUUCUGACUGAAUUACACAAACGCACUGAUGUGUAUGAGCUGAAGAUUGCCAACAGGCUUUAUGGAGAAAAGACUUAUCAAUUCCUUGAAGAUUGCCAACAGGCUUGUGUGGAAUUUUACCUGGUCUGUGUGGAAUCUGUUGAUUUUCAAAAUGCUGCAGAAGAAAAUGAAAAGAGGAUUAACUCGUGGGUGGAAACUCAGACAAAUGGAAAAAUCAAAGACCUAUUUCCUAAGAAGACUCUCAACAGCAACACCAUACUGGUUCUUGUGAACGCAGUCUAUUUCAAAGGGCAGUGGAAGGAUAAAUUUAAUAAAGAAGACACUAAAGAGAAAAAAUUUUGGCUGAACAAGGUCACAAGCAAAUCUGUACAGACAAUGAAUCAAAGAAAAUCCUUUAAUUUUACCUUGCUGGAGGAGGUGCAGGCUAAAGUUCUGGAAAUACCAUACACAGGUGAAGACCUAAGCAUGAUUGUGCUACUGCCAAAUGAAAUAGAUGGUCUGCAGAAGCUUGAAGGUAAACUCACUGCUGAGAAAUUGAUAGAAUGGACAAGUUCACAGAAUAUGAGCAAGAGAGAUGUGGAUUUAUACUUACCUUGGUUCAAAGUGGAAGAGAGCUAUGACCUCAAGGACAUGUUGGUGGCAAUGAGGAUGGUUGACCUUUUUUCUGCACAUGAUGCUGACCUCUCAGGCAUGACUGGGAGGCAGUUUCUUACAGUGUCUAAAGUCCUACACAAGGCAUUUGUAGAGGUCACGGAGGAGGGAACAGAGGCUGCUGCUGCCACCUGCAUAGCUGUGGAAUUUUCAUCUGCUCCUUCUCCUAUUACUGAAGAGUUCCAUUGUAAUGGCUCUUUCCUGUUCUUCAUCAAGCAAAGUAAGACCAACAGCAUCCUCUUCUUUGGCAGAGUCUCCUCCCCUUAG